AGGGAGGGAGGGAGGUAGGGGGGGAGAAAAAGGACCCUUUCUGGUAACUGAAGGUUUCACGUUUCCCUUUUCUACAUCUCCUCUCUCUCUCUCUCUCGGUGAGCAAUGAGUCCAAGCUAUGACUCUGCUUCCUCCAUCCUCCUUUGUGCUGAGGAUGGUGACAGCGUCCUGGGCUUUGAUGAUGUGGAGGAGCAGCGUGGGCACAGGCCUAGUUGGGGUUCUGAACCAAAAAGGUUUGAUUUUUACGGGGAUCUCCCGGUGGAUUCUACCCUGCAGUCGGAUGAGCGCUUGGGUUGGUUGGUCGAGAGGGAACAGGGGCAUCUGCCGAGGGAGGACUACGGCCAGAGGCUGCGUUCCGGGGCUUUGGACCUUUCCCUCAGGGGAGAUGCCAUCGAUUGGAUGUGGAAGGUUCAUGCCCAUUACAAUUUUGGACCAUUAAGUGCUUAUUUAUCUGUCAAUUACUUGGAUCGGUUCCUCUCUGCCUAUGAGUUUCCACAAGGCAAGACUUGGAUGACACAGCUGUUGGUUGUGGCCUGCCUAACUUUGGCUGCCAAGAUGGAGGAAACUGAAGUCCUUCUGUCCCUGGAUUUACAGGUUGGUGAAACAAAAUAUGUGUUUGAAGAUAGGACUAUUCAGAGAAUGGAGCUUCUGGUUCUGAACACCCUCAAAUGGAGGAUGCAAGCUGUGACACCUUUCUCGUACAUAGAUUUCUUCCUUCACAAGUUCAGUGGUGGCAAUGCACCCACCAAGUUGUUGGUUUCUCGAUCUACAGAACUCAUCUUGGGCACAGUUAAAGGGAUAGAUUGCCUAGCAUUCAGACCUUCAGUGAUUGCUGCGGCUAUUGCGCUGCUGGUUCUGAGAGAUACCCAGGUUGUGGAUGCUGAGAAGAGUCUGUCCUUUUGCACUCAUGUACCAAAGGAGAGGGUGUCGGCAUGCUUUGAAGUGAUUCAAGACAAGGUGUUCAUGUGGAAGCAGUCACUUAAAGAUGGUAGUAGCUCAUCAGUGUCCUCUGUGCCGCAAAGCCCAGUAGGGGUGUUGGAUGCUGCUUGCUUGACCUAUCACAGUGAUGAUGCAACUGUUGUGUCACAUGCAACAUGUCUCCAUACUUCUCCAGCUAGCAAGAGGAGGAAAGUAAGCAGAUGAUCAAUGUCACCAAGUAGCUGUGAAUGUGUGUACUCCUUGCUCUCUUGGCAGGCUUUGCUACUUUCAAACAAGUAUUUUGGUUUAUUCAGGGAGAAUUUUGGUGUACUGAGGAGUUCUUCCACCCAAAAAAAAAUUAAGAAAAAAAGGAACAGAUACAAGCAAGUGAGCAAAGUGUCAUCCACCAUCUUUUAGAUUAAGAAAAAUUAAAGAGAAAUGGAAGGAGAUGGUGAAUCUAUUUAGGAGGAAGGUGCUGCUAGGCAUUGGUUAUUCUUCUCAAAGUGAAGAAAUCAGGAAAUAAACUUCUUUCAGGAUCAGAAUUUUAGCAUUCAAAAAAAACAAAAACAAAAAAAAGGAACAGAAAUUGAGAAAAACAUAGAAGUGGAUUUGUUCAAAAAGUUUUGUUGUAUUUCUAAUGCCUGCCAUCCUACUAUUUGGUCGAUUGGUUGUCUGCUUUGACUCUGGAAUUUGCUCAUCCUCCCAUGGCACAAGAGAAGAGCCCCUGUCAGUAGAAGUAUUGGGAAGGCAACAUACAAAAUCUUCAAGGAGCAGAGAAUCCAAUAUUAAUUAGAUGUGUGUAGGACUGCUGGUAGACUUGGAAGUUUCAGUGGCUGAUGUAAAGAUCAUAGCUGUAUUUGCAGAGGAGAAUUACUCCCUGCAGCUUUGUUUGCUUCUUUUGGGAUCUCCCUUUGUGAAAAUGUGUCUAUUUAGUCCUAAUCAAACACAUCAUGAGAUCCAAUCUGGCAAAGGCCAUUAAAUUG